AUGAAAUUGUCGCAAAAGAGAGGUUAUGACAAAGAUGUACCUACCUUUGAUACAGAUGAAAUUUGUGCACUCGUGAAGUAUUUAUCAUUAUUUGAUGAAUAUGGGAGAAGAGCGAUUGCAUGUGCAGUGUGCGUGCAUUUGUUGAAUAAUCCUGAGCUGCUCCAGAAAAUGAAAAAUUAUAAGAACGAUCCUAAUAACGGCCAGUAUAACGAGUCAACUAUGCUUCUCUCCAAAUAUAUAUUUGGAUCAAACAAUACUGCGACACAGCUUAGAAAAACGAUCAAGUCAUACUUAGGACUUUCGUUGGUGGAUGGAAGCAAAUCUUGGGCAAGCAUAAGUGGAAAAUCGAAAUUUUAUGGUUACCAUUAUCGAACCGUUAAUUCACACAAGUUUACAUUAGCCUUCUUGUUUGAUAAGCUAGACAUGAAUUACGAAUGGUUGCUGAAUAACAAGGAGAUUUUAGAUAGUGAAUUUAAUGUUAGUAAUAGUGAUUCGCCAUAUACUGUAAGUAUAGACGGCUUAAUAUCACAUGAUUAUAUCGAAAAUGAGACACUUAAGCGUACUCUAGAGGCAGUUACAACCAGCAAAUUUCUUACAGGAACAAAUGUGGAUAGCUUAACUUUGGAAUUUAGUGAUAUCCACACUAAUGUUGAUUUAUCAUUUCUUAAUAACAUAAAAGCUCCAGUAACUGUAAUAUGCAAUCGUUGUUCGUACACUUUUAUACAAUCAAUACCAAAACAUGUUAAAGUUGUUGUUUUUAUCACAAAAAACAUACCGGAUUAUGCAUUCAAUAACAUUGUUAAAAAUGUUGUGAAACUUAAAUUUCAAUCAUUGGAGAUCCGUGAAAAUGUAGUGUUUCCUGAUCACGUAGAAAGUAUUGAAAUUGAUAACUGUAAUGCUCAUAAAGACGUGACACUGAUGAUUAACGAAAAAUGUGAGCACGUUAAAAUAAGUAACACCCCAGUUAAGAUUGUACUACCAUGUGUUAUGGGAUCAGGUAUAAUGUUGAAACACUUAUGCUUUGAAUACAAUGUGGAUAAAGAACAAAAAUCACUAAAGUUACAGGUAGCCGACAUUAAUAGUACAGUAAAAAUCGAUGCAACCAUAGAUGCUGUAAGAUUUGAAGAUGUAAACGUGUCUGCAGGAUCAUGUGUUAUAUUUAGUGAAGAGAACAAGAAUUUGAAAAUAUUACAGUCAACUGGUAUGUUUAAUCUGAAACAGUUUAUAGGGAUUGAACAGUGUUUUAAUAAGGGAAUGAAAAUAGAAGUUACGCCUAUAAUCCAUUCUACACAUAACCUAUCAAAAAUAGCGUUAUAUGAUUUUCGGUUUGUGAAAAGAGUAGAACUACCGAAUAAAUAUGAAGAAGUUGAAUUAGACCAUGUACUUACGGAUGAGAACGUAGAGAUAGUCCUAAACAAAGCUUGCAAAAAACUGGUAAUUCGUGGAUGUAGAGUUGUGAUCAAUGCACAAAAUGUUGAUGAGCUUGAUAGCUUAUGCAUACAAUUUUGUGCACUUGAGAAAAGCAACAUUGUGUUUGUUGGCCUGAAACGAGUCAACCACAUUUCUCUUAUUGAUAUCUGUCACAGUAUGGAUGUAAUCACAACCAUUCUAGCUGGUCUUGAGGAAGUAAAGCACCUAGAAUUCGAAAGUAAAUAUCCUAGGAUGAUGAGUAAAGUAUUUGGAGAACACAACAAAGAAUUGUUGAUGAACAUCGUAUCGACCGAGAAUUACAUAAAUGAUCUGAAUUUUGAACUUAGAUAUUCAGCAAUCAAGGACAAAGAACCGGUCUUAUUCCUCUUCGAGAUGUCGAAUAUCAUGGUUAAUCUUAUUCUCAAAGCAGUGUUGAGCGAAAAAGUGAUGAAUACUGUUUCCAAGCUAGAGUUCACGUCUGUUGCUAUCGAUGCUGAUAAUUGCAAAUCACUUGGAAAGUGGUCAAACCUCGAAAUUCUUCGAAUAUGCCCCGAAAUCAUCACCAACGAAUUUUUUUAUAACCUGCCGAUGAAUCUCAAGCUACUGAACAUUACUGACCUGG